GCUGCAACUGGAUCAAGGCUUCUAGGUCUUUCCUGCGCUACGUCCUAUGGGAGCCCGCCAGCUGGCCGCGCCGCAUCCUCAUGUACAUGGCUGACGUCAUCGACUCGGACGAGCAUUAUUUCAGCACCGUGGCGUGCCAGGCGGGGCGGUUCAACCGCACCCUUGUGAACAGCAGCCUGCAUUUCGCAAAAUUUGCCAAAGGGAGCCCGCACUCCCUUGAGAUGAACGACUCGUACUACGAUGCCUUCACUAAUGCUGCCGGUGUCUUCCUCUUUGCCAGGAAGUUUCCUCGCGACUCCCCCACUCUCGACCGCAUUGACAGGGAGCUGCUGCACCGGCAGCCAGACCGCAUCACACCCGGCGCUUGGUGCUCCCUCCCACCCUCCAACACCACCACUCUUUCUGAUUUCAGUUCCUUAGACGCUAGUGAUGCCAGCACCAGCAGCACCACCAGCAGCACACCAGCAGCACCACCAGCAGCAGCACCAGCAGCAGCGGCAGCGGCAGCAGUGGCGGUGUUAUUGGGUGGUUGCAGCGGUUACUAUCCCCCGCACCAUGCAACUCUCGCAGGCAGAACUCGAUCAUUCCCCCACCCUCCAUCACUCGCACAGUCAUACCACCUGGUGCCGGCGGUGUCACCAUUGACAAUGCCAAUAAUGGAGGUGAUAAUAACGGAGUUGGAGCUGGCUGCCCGUCUACAGUAGACACUGUGUUAGUAGCAUCCUUGAGACAAGCACCAAGCGAGAGGGUUAAAGCCAUGCUGCCUCGGUUUCUCGAGUUGCUGGACACGAGCAGCUCGUGCGGAGUGCCUGAGGGGGAUCGCAGAAUGGCUAUGGAAGAGGAGUGGAAGGACGGAGAUGUGCCAAACAUAGAGAAGUAUCAAAUCUGAAGGAGAGGAUCAUAUCUUCAGUGAAUGGCGGUUUCUGGAGGUACUUGCUCGAGUGUACAAGCAACUAAAGCCGAGUGGCAGACGGGGACCGCAGGAUGGCUAUGGAAGGAGAGUGGAAGGAUGGGAUGGGUGGGUGGUGAUGUUCCAAGUUUAGAGAAGUACCGGUAUCAGACCUAGACUGGCUCGAUCGAGACACAAGCAAACCCUUCCAACUGCCUGGGGGGAGAUGGCUGCUAGGGUAAUGAAAGGGAGUGGAAGGAUGAAGAUCGGGAAAGAAGUGUAAGUUUUGUAAGCUACAUAUGGUUUGUCAAGAAUCUACUUGUUCCUACAAUGUAAGAUAUAAAUGGUAAUAAAAUUAAGGUCUGGAU